ACAAGAUCACUAAGUCCAUCAUUCCAGGAGUCAACCAGCAUAAGGUCCAUGAUGCCAUCUAACCUCAUUACUGAGCUGAGCACCAUGAUCCCAACUCAUUCUGACAUGCUCCAAAAUCAUUCUGAGCAGACUUCUGGGGCUAGCACCCCCCAUAACGGCACACGUGAUGCUUUUGAUGAGUUUGUGAGAUGCCUUACCCUGUUCACAUGCAUUUGUGGAGUAAUAGGGAAUGGAAUUGUUCUCUGGCUUCUCAGUUUCCACAUUAAAAGGACUCCCUUCUCAUUCUAUGUCCUCAGUUUAGCCGCCAGUGAUUUUACCUACCUCUUCUUGGAAGUAAUUUGGGUAAUCAAUUACCUGUUAUAUCGUCCGAAUUUCCAAAAUAUUGUCAAUUUAUUAACGAACAUGGGUCUCCAUGUAACUUUCACAGUUGGCCUGGGCCUGUUGGCAUCAAUCAGCAGUCAGCGUUGUCUUUCUAUUCUCUUCCCAAUAUGGUACCGAAACCAUCACCCGAAGAGGGGACCUAUGAUAGUGUGCAGCAUACUUUGGAUUAUGUCUCUUCUACUAAAUCCACCAAAGGUUUACUACUGUGUUGUACAGAUGGAAGUCCUGCCUCCUUCUGGCUGUGACCUGAUGAGUAAAUUAUCAGGGACUCUGAUGCUUUCGUUGCUACUAUUAAUGACUCUGUCCAGCCUGAUUCUCUUCAUCCGAAUCUUGUGGAGUGCCAAGAGAUAUAAGCCCAAAAAACUGGUCAUUCUCAUCCUGCUGACGGUCUCUGUGUUUCUCCUCUGUGCUGUCCCUCAUGGCAUCAAUCACUCUGUUUUCAAUUGGAGAGCGCUGUACAACCACACUUUCCAUGAGAUCUCCUACUUCCUGUCUUGUGUGAACAGCAGUGCCAACCCCCUCAUUUACUUCUUCAUUGGGAGCCUCAAACAUCAGAGACUGAAGGAGCCCCUCAGGGUGGUUCUCCAAAGAGCCCUAAGAGAUGACAGCGACCUGACCGAAGACAGAGCGACUUCAUCCAGAACAGAUACCACGUUGGAUAUGCCAUCAUGA